AUGUCAGAGAGCAAUAGAGCCUCAAGCAAUCCCGCGAUUUACGGCAGUGCGAGAGCUUUGAGGUCAACAGGAACACAUAUUGUUUCUCCUCCGGGCUCAAGAACCCCUCCAAGCAUGCCAGCCAAAACUACCCUCUAUUUCCCCGAGCCGACUGGGGUACAUCACACAAGCCGAAGUGUCUCAGGGCCAAUUGAUCCUAACGCGCUGGCAAAGGCGCUGAGGGAAUACGAAGACGCUGGACGAUCCCGUGAAAGGACACCGGGGACCAGCCCGAGUCGGAAACGUCAGAGAGUCUACGGUGACAGAUUCAUUCCUAACCGCGAAGGUCAAGAUCUCCAAGCUACCUACAGUCUGCUUCAUGAAGAUGGAUGUCCUUCAACACCAUCGAAAACGAAAAAGCGAACUCCACACUCAGAGCUUCAUUUUCAAAAGACGGAAGAAGCAAAUAGAAUGUAUUCACGGGUUCUGCGCAGCGAGUUAUUUGGAAAUACAGUUCCUCAGGCUGACUUGGAUUCGCUUCCUUCUAACACGAUUCGCUCAUCCGGUAUUAACGACAAAACCCGGUCUCAUACACCCCCUUCGCAUGUCGUCUCCGCUCUUCCACCUGCCAGUAUCACUCCCUCCACUCCUCACAAAAACCUCUUCAAUUACGCCUCUCCACGCGCUGGAUCGGCGCAUCCCACGCCAUCCAAGACCCCGCGUAAUCAACAUGGGCCAAAUCUCAACGUUCGCUCAGAGCUCUACAGCCUAUCUCCCAUCCGUUAUGACAGCCAACGGAUACUUGAGACGCCUCGCAAACAGCCGCGCUACGUGAACAAAGUACCCUACAAGGUUCUCGAUGCCCCAGACUUGCAGGACGAUUUUUACCUGAAUUUGGUUGAUUGGGGGAGUAGUAAUGUUCUAGGCGUUGGCUUAGGAAACUCGGUGUACAUGUGGAACUCACAAACUGGGAGGGUUACGAAAUUGUGUGAGCUUAAGGAUGACACAGUCACGAGCGUCAGUUGGAUACAAAGGGGUACGCACCUUUCAAUUGGUACGGGGAAAGGUAUGGUGCAAAUAUGGGAUGCAGAGCGCUGUCGCCGCCUACGGACCAUGAUUGGGCACACCAAUCGCGUAGGGGCGUUGGCUUGGAACGAUCAUAUUCUGACAUCCGGCUCUCGGGAUCGGCAUAUUUUUCAUCGUGACGUGCGGUCUCCUGACCAGUAUCUUCGUCGACUUUCUGGUCAUAAGCAGGAAGUGUGUGGGCUCAGGUGGAACACGGAAGAUGGUCAACUGGCAUCAGGGGGCAACGACAAUAAGCUCCUGGUUUGGGACAAAUUGAACGAGACCCCUCUUUAUCGCUUCUCAGACCAUACCGCGGCCGUGAAGGCUAUCACAUGGUCACCCCAUCAACACCACUUACUCGCAUCCGGGGGAGGUACUGCUGAUCGAACGAUUAAGUUUUGGAACACGGCGACGGGUUCUCUUAUCAAGGAGGUUGAUACCGGGAGCCAAGUCUGUAACCUGGCAUGGUCGAAGAAUUCUGAUGAAAUUAUCAGUACGCAUGGCUAUAGUCAGAACCAAAUUGUCAUCUGGAAGUAUCCUCGUAUGGAGCAGAUUGUGUCGCUUACGGGCCAUACUUUUCGUGUGCUCUAUCUAGCCAUGAGCCCCGACGGCCAGACAGUGGUAACGGGUGCCGGCGACGAGACCCUACGGUUCUGGAAGAUAUUCAACAGACGUCCCGGUAGGGAGCACGGACGCGAGGGCAGCAAAUUAGCGGAAUGGGGUACAAUUCGGUAA